AAAAUUCCUUGGGCUGUUCCAAACCUCGUCGUCGUCAGUGUCGUGAGUUUGAGCAGAAAUCCAUCGAACUGACGAUGGAGGAAGGCGGCGCCAGAGCCAAGAAGGGCGUCUCUUCCCUUUGCUGCAUCUGUAACAACAGAAAACCUUCCCUYAAGAGGCCAAAAACCCUGCAACAGAUAUGCAGAGAAUGUUUCUAUGAGGUAUUUGAGGAGGAGAUCCAUCAAGUUAUUGUGAAGAAUCACUUGUUCAAACCUGGGGAACGAAUUGCUGUUGGUGCAUCUGGUGGAAAAGAUUCUACCGUUCUUGCUUAUGUGUUAUCAGAAUUGAAUCGGCGGCACAAUUACGGGCUUGAUCUCUUUCUUUUAUCAGUUGAUGAGGGCAUCACUGGAUACAGAGAUGACUCUCUUGAAACUGUGAAAAGAAAUGAAAUUCAGUAUGGGUUGCCCCUACAAAUUGUAUCAUACAAGGAUUUAUAUGGCUGGACAAUGGACGAGAUAGUGAAGAUGAUUGGUUUAAAGAAUAAUUGCACCUUUUGUGGGGUUUUUCGUCGACAGGCUCUUGAUAGAGGUGCUGCUUUGUUGAAAGUAGACAAGCUUGCCACUGGGCACAAUGCAGAUGACAUGGCUGAAACAGUUCUAUUGAAUAUUUUACGUGGUGAUAUUGCAAGAUUGAGUAGAUGUACUGCAAUAAUAACUGGUGAAGAUGGACCAAUUCCAAGAUGCAAACCCUUCAAGUACACAUAUGAAAAGGAGAUUGUAAUGUAUGCUUAUUUCAAGAAGCUGGACUACUUCUCCACCGAGUGCAUUUACUCUCCAAAUGCUUAUCGUGGUUUUGCUCGUGAAUUUAUCAAGGAUUUGGAACGAAUCAGACCUAGGGCUAUUCUUGAUAUCAUUAAAUCCGGUGAGGAUUUCAGGAUUUCCACUUCAACAAAGMUGCCUGAGCAAGGGACAUGUGAGCGAUGCGGCUACAUUUCAAGCCAGAAAUGGUGUAAAGCUUGUGUUCUGCUCGAGGGCCUAAACCGAGGUUUGCCGAAGUUGGGUAUCGGGCGGAGUCGAGGUCUUGAUAAUGAGGAGAAGAGGGAAAUGAAGGGAAGUGGUGGACAUGAGAAAAGCAUCGAGAGCAAACAGUGUGGCACCCUCGACUUCUGAAGUAUUUCUGUAUUUUUAACUGUAUCAAACGAUGGACAAGGAUUUAUAUAACGGGAAUCAUCAUGCAUUACGACGUUCUUCAUUUGUUUCGGCUGGAUGAUCUUGAUUUCUGUUAGAGAUUGAAGAAAAAAGAGAGAAUGCAAGUGGAGAAGAAGAAAUAGGUGAGCAGCAGAUCUGAUAUGAAGGAGGGAGUCCAUUGGGAAAUUUUGGGCAUCCAUGUAGCAAUUGUUUUUUAUCUUUUACCCAGUUUCUUUUGUUUAGAUAUUUUUUUUAAUUAGGAUAUAUAGAUAUUUAGAUCAAGAGCUCAUGGGGGCAUUUUGUUAGCCUUUAGCCUUGGUUUUACCUGAGAUUAUUUUUGGAAAAAGAAAAUUGUAAUACAAGUUAAGUUCGAUAAAAAUUGUUAUAAAUAAAGGACACUUGAUCUUUGACUAUA